AUGGUCGGUGCGGCGUUCGUCAACUCUUUUGUCAUAUAUGGUCAGAUCAAAGCGCUGGGUGUCCUGCUCAUUCCGAUGACAAACGACUUGGACAGUGACUUGUGGCUUGUCGGCUGGAUUGCAAUCCUCCAUGUCAUGGCGCUCAACUGUUUCGGUAUCGGGGCAGCGUUCAGUUUCUUCAUCAGUUAUGCUGUAAUGGCCUCGUACUUCAAGGAAAAGUAUCCCUUAGCUGCUGGAAUAGCAACGAUGGGUUUUCCUGUGGGUGUGAUGAUUUACGGGCCAGUUACACAGGUACUUCUGGACACCUAUGGCUGGAGAGGAACCAUGCUUUUACUGGGAAGUGUCUCGUUUCAUCUGGUGGCGUUUGCUUUGUUAGUGCGACGGGACCCAUCUUCCUCUUCACCAGAUAGUCAGCAGUACCAAGAGGUUUCGGUAAGCGAAGAGGAAGACGCCGAUUCAAAGGAAAAUCCUACACUUUGCAGUAAUCACACACCUUGUACCUCCGACUCAGCUCUUCGUAAAAGUAGGCUUUGGGAGUGUUGCCAGCGUUUUACUAAUGCAUUCGAUUUAGCAUUGCUGAAAGAUAAAAGGUUUGUCUUCUUGGCUUCCGCGAGAUUUACUGGUGCUCUUGCCUACAGUGCAUGGGUGGUGUAUGUUGUACCGCACGGGCAGUUUCAGGGUCUGACUGAAACACAGGCGUCGUUUCUUCCCACUGCCUUCGGUUUUGGCAAUGUCAUUGGCAAGUUGGUAGCGCCCAUCUUGCAGGAGGUCGGCGUAAAGCCAUCCAUGACAUUCUGGGCGUGUUUCGGGGCAAGCGUCGUGUGCCCAUCGUUCCUCUUAGACGCCUUCAUCAGACCGUUCAUCGGACAGUUAGCUGUGAUGGGACUCGUAGGCGUCGGUUACGCUAUGAUGUACCAAGCUAUUGAUGUCAUGUUGCGGUUUCUUUCGACCGACGACCGGUUGGUCAGUAUACUGUGCUGGCAAGGGGUUUUCAUUGGGAUAUCUUCGGCACUUGGUGGAUUAGUGGCAGGUGUGAUGCUUUUCCCUUAUUAUUUCCCUAUUAUUUAGCACAUUUCCAA